GCUAUAUCAGGUCUCUCGCUCUGGCUGGUGCCCAAUCCCGCCCAAUUGCAACUCAUACAGAGGGUGUUGCCAAAGCGGCCUAAGACACGCCCAGUGUCCGCUGCUUCCUAUCCAGAUAUAAUCCCUCAUAUCACACUAGCAAGCUCGGCAAAGGCGACGCAGGAUGCAAUUCUACGAGCCAUACCAUCUAUUUUGCAUUCAAUCCCAGUCGAAUUCCGGAGGCUUGAAGUCGGCGAUCAUUAUUUCAGAUCUGUCUUUAUAUCUGUGAAGAAGACUACCGAACUCGUCGCGCUGCACGAACAUAUCAUGACUGCGCUUGACAGGGAUGGAGCAUCGCCUUCAGCCCCGGCAUUUCCGCACAUGUCCAUCAGUUAUAUUGCUGAUGAAGAUGGGGCUGCUGAGCGGAAUCAGGCUGCAGAUGAGCUGCGGGUUAGCACAGUCAUCGAAGGUGCAGAAACAGUUGUUCUUCGCUGUGGAGACUCCGAGGAAGGGCGUGUGUGCCUUGCGAGCUUUGAAGGCACAGAAGUGUGGAUCGUCCAGUGCGAAGGACCGGUACAGCACUGGCAAGUGUUACAUAAAAUAACAGCGACAUCAGAUGUUACCUAG